UAGUAUAUGUGAAAUUUGGAAUAUUCACUAGGGAAAGUUAAUAUUUCAUAUUAUCAUCAUAUGAUUAUAUUUGAUUAUUUGUAUCUCCCUCUAAGGCUAAAUUUGUAAAAAUACCCUUUUAUCCACCCCAUUUCCACCUCCUUCCUCCACCUUUGAUGGAUCCUCCUCUGCUUUCGCUGUAAAAUUAAUUUCUUUUUUCUUUGAUUCCAAACCCUAGAUUUCUGUCUCCUUUCUAACACCCUUUUGUCCUAAUCUUCCCACAUAUUCUCUCUCCUCUUCAAUCUCAAAUCCAACACUCUCAAGAAGAAGAACCAAAAAAAAAAAAAAACACAUUUUUUGAUCCCAAAUGUACAUUUUUAGAUUUCCCACAGAAAAAAUAGAGUGAUUUCAUCAAUCAAUUUCAUCUCUUUAAUCAAUUUAUCACUCAAAUUUUUGUGCUUUUUUUUGUGGGUUUUGUAUUUUUAUUGAUUUCCCACCUAAAUUUAGCUUCUUUUCUUUGUGGGUUUGUGAUUUUGAUUGAAUCCCACCUAAAAUCCCCUGAUUCUUUUUGGUGGGUGUCAUUUUUUUUUAUCAAUCAUCCUCAAAUUUUUCUGGGUUUUUGAUUUUUUUGAGGAAAAUUUCCAAUGAUUUCAGACCCAGAUUUCGUGCGUUACGCAUGUAUAGCUCAUCAACGUUCAUCAGAAUCAUCAACGAUUCUUGCUGAGUUCAACUCAGUUGACUCGGCCCUUCAACAACUUGCUCAUCAAUGUCUUCUUCUUGUACCACCACAUCAUAGCAAUUUUUCUCACUCUUAUAGAAAUCAAACUUACACUUUUUUGGUUUAUGAUGGGUUUGUUUAUUUUGGGAUUUUUGAUUCCAAAAUGGUUAAAUCAGAUCAAAUUCAAUUCUUGGAUCGUUUGAAGGCAACAAUUGAUCAACUAAUUAAUGGAAAAUCAAAUUUCAACUUCUCAUCUUAUUGCCUCCAAGGUGAGCUUUACCCAAUUUUCCACAAAUUGAUGUCAAAAAGUGUUGAUUUUGAUGCCUUACAUUUAGUCCCAAAUGGUGUUCAUAGCAAUAACAAUAACCCGGGUUCGAAUUCGACUAAAUCCAAGAAGAUUUUGUCUGUGCCAUUGUUGUCUUCCUCCAAAAUAGGGAAAGGAUUGAAGAAAAAGAAGUUGUCUGGUGAAAGUUUGAUAGAUAGUAGAGAAAAUUUGGUUGAUGGUAAGGUUGAUAUGUCACAUGAUGAUAAUUAUAAUGUUGGUGAGGUUAAAAGUAGGGAAUAUAAUCACCCAAAUGGUAAUUGUUUGAUGGAUGGUCAUGGUAAUGUUGGAAGACACAAAGCUAAGAAAAUUUGGAGAAGACAUGUUUGGAUUGUAUUAGUGUUGGAUUUGGCUGUUUGUUUGAUCUUAUUUGGGAUUUGGUUGUUUGUUUGCCGUGGAUUCCAAUGCAUUGAAGGGUAGUUUUACCAUCGAAUUUUCGAUACUCGAUUCGAGCAAAUUUGUUCAUCUUGGAUGUUCUUUUUGAAAUUCAAGGUCCUUGGUUGAUCUUGGAUUUUGUAGAUUUGAUGUUUACAUUUGAUAUUGUACCAUGAAGUUGAUAAAGUUUCAUGUCCAAAGAGUAGGAGCAACUUUUGUGUGCAAUCAACAAGGGGCAUAAUUUCAUGUUUUUUGAGCUAUAUAGGUCUAACUAUGGUGUUUUUGGGGUGAAUCUUUUUAGCAACCCCUUAAAUUCUAAUAGUUGAGACCAAUUAUAGUUUUUGUUGUUAUAAAUCCCCUUGAUUGAUCUGUUUAUCUGUAAUUCUUUCAACUUGUGUAUAGAAGAAAACUACCAAUAUGUUACUUGUGCAGGCUGUUUUAAAUGAAUAAUAUCAUUUUAGUCUUUUUUAUCAA